UUGGAAAUGCAGGAAGGGGCUUGAGGCCAGUUACAGCCUCCCAUGAGGAGACCCUCCCUCUGAAGAUGAGCCUUGAAUGCAACGGGCUGGGGACAGAUGAUAAUCUGCACUCAAGGGUUUUACAGAAGCAAGACUCUGCAGGAAAUGCUCUCCAUGAAUGUGACUCAUGGGGACCAAGUAAAGACACCUUGGUUCAUGCAGGGAAGACCCUCUACAGAUGCAAAGAAUGUAGGAAAGCGUUUAACAAGAAUUACCUCCUUGUUCAACAUGAGUGGAUUCACGCUGGAGUGAAGCCUUAUGAAUGCCAGGAAUAUGGGAAAGCCUUUCGGGAAAAGGUAGACUUGGGUCAGCACAUGAGGGUUCACACUGGGGAGAAGCCCUAUGCGUGCAUGGACUGUGGGAAGGUCUUCAGCCGUAGGUCACACCUCACGUACCACCAGCGGAUCCACACUGGCAAGAAGCCCCAUGAGUGCAGUGAGUGUGGGAAGACCUUCAACUACCACUCUGUGUUUGUCCGGCAUAAUAUGACCCACACUGGAGAAAAACCCUUUGGGUGCAAAGAAUGUGGGAAAGCCUUUCACUACAACUCUUCCUUAACUAGACACAUGAGGAUUCACACCAGAGAGAAGCCCUACAAGUGUGGUGAAUGUGCAAAGACCUUCACCUACCACUCUGUUCUUUUCCAACAUGGGGUGACCCACACUGCACGAAAGCCCUCUGAGUCUAAAGAAUGUGGGAAAGGUUUUUACUACAGCUAUUCCCUCACUCAACACACAAGGAGUCACACUGGAGAGAAGCUGUAUGACUGCGGUGAAUGUGGAAAGGCCUUUGCCUACCACUCUGCUUUUGUUUGGCAUAAGAAGAUCCACACUAGAGAAAAAACCUUUGAGUGCAAAUAAUGUGGGAAAGCCUUUUGUGACAGCUGUUCCUUCCCUUGACACUUGAAUCAUGCUGGAGAGAAGCACUCUGAAUGCGUUGAAUAUAGGAAAGCCUUAGGCUGCUGCUCAUCCCUCACUUUGCAUCGAAGAAGUCACGCUGGAGAGAAACUCACUAUGAGUGUGAGAUAUGUGGGAAGGCCUUUUGCAAGCUGGCCUACGUCAGCCAACAUCAGAGAACUUAUGCUGGGAACAGACUUUUUGAAUGUAACUACUAAGGAAAAUCUUUUGGCCACGGGAAAUAUCUUACUUGGCAUCUGAGAAUUCAUCCAGGAGAGGGACCUCUGGGUUAUUGUGCACUUAGAAGAAGUUUCAGCCACAGCUCUCUCCAUAGGUUACAUCACUAAGCCAUCUCAGGAAUAUUUUUAAAAGAAUGAGGAGG